UUGAUUGCAUUUUGAUGGAUGGAUGGUUCAGUUGACAUUAUUACCUGCUGUUUUGUUUUGUUGUUGUAAUAUAAUAGAUAGGUUUUUUAAAUGAAAUGUUUGCCGAAAAAGUUAUAGAGUUAUUAAAAGAAGCUGAGCGCCAUCCAGAUACCAUUGACCCAUUCAAUGAUGAAAAAAUUCGUCAAAUCUUAGAAGAAAUGAAAGUGCUUUUCAACAUGAACAUGAAUGAUGCAAAUGCAUCAUCAGAGAACAAGUUAUUAUGGACAACUGUGCAAGUAAGACAUUCAGCACUAGAAAGAAAUAAACGUUGUCUUCUGGCAUACCUUUACAGUCGAAUGAAUAAAAUUAAAACUUUACGAUGGGAAUUCGGCUCAGCCUUGCCGUCCGACGUCAGGGAGCUAUUGUCGGAUGACGAAUAUAAUUGGUUCUCAAAAUAUUCAACGAAUCUAGCAUCAUACAUGAGAUCCCUCGGAGCAGACAUUGGCUACAGCGGUAUAGAUCUUACGGAGAAUCUGAAACCACCUAAAUCGCUGUACAUUGAAGUGCUGUGUUUGUCGGACUACGGCAAGUUGGAAUUGGAGGAUGGUGAUGUGAUAAUGUUAAAGAAAAAUAGUAGACAUUUUUUACCUACAUCCGAGUGCCAGACUUUGAUAAGACAAGGUGUUUUGAAACAAAUAGUUUAGUAUUAAAUUAAACAAUAGUUUGUUCGAAUAUAAGUUUUCAAUCUUUUUCAAAUGCAACUGUUUUUAAUCCAGAAAUUUGCCUUGUAAUUUAUAAAAAAGUUAAAACAUUCAGAUUCAGAUUCUUUAUUGCAAGUCACAUGUUCGAAAAUAUGUUUUGUCACUAUCGCACUUUAUAAUAUUUGAAAUUGACAGAAAGAGACAAAACGUAUUUCAGCUUAGAGUAUGUUUUAACUUUUUUUAUGAAUAAUAGGGUUAAUGGGUGAAUUUCACGAGUACCAUAAACAAAAACUGUACCAUACACAGUAAUCAAUUUAAUUAUCCUAUUUUAUAAAUAAGUACUGGUACAAUGUUAAUUUUAUCAAUGUUUAAUUUUAACGCUACACGCCGCGUUCAUACGGUCGUGAAAUUCAACCUUAUAUCUAAACCCUUCUAUAAAGUUUUAUAUGGGUGGUACGCAGAGCGUUUCGACCGCUGCGGCCGCGUCGUUAUUACGAUCCGUCCAUUCUUUGUAUAAAUUAAAAAGAAUGGAAUGACAGCGCGACCGCAGUGGUUGAAGCACUCUGAGAAGGAAACACCCAUUUCUCAUGGAUGAGGGUCACUAGAAGGCCUAUCAGCUACAACGAAAUAUAGAAACGCGUAACACGUUACCUGCUGACUCUUUGUAUACGUCCUAAUAUACGUCCUAUACUUACUUUGUCCCAUAUCCUUUACGCAUCGUGUAAAAAUAAAAAGCAAGAACGUCUGGACGCGAUGACGUGCUACAUGUUUUACGUUUCACGGUACCCAGCCCUAGAUCCACUAGUUGACUCUAGUGUCAAAUUUAAAUGUUAUGCCUGUAUUGCGUGAGACAGUGUGAAGGACUUCAUAAGCUUCAGAAUAUCACCAGGUACAAAGUCCUCCAACUUUGGAUAGGCAGCUCUAAAGACGUCCAGUCAUUCUCCAUAUCCAAUUUUUUCGACACCCGUAUUUCGUACGCAUUCAAUGAUCAGUUUAUAUUAUGCUCUUGUUAUGUUGCACAAUUUUCUUGUUUAGGUUCCUUAGGUUUUUGCAUAGCAAAAUUUGAAGUCGAUAACUUUGCAGACUACUGCAGUCAGGGGUCUUAAAUAAAUAAAUAAAUCAAUCUUACUCUACGAAUAAAUAUCGUUAUUAACAAUAUCUUAUUUAUAAAAAUAGUUUUUUCGAAAUUCGUUCAUAUGAAUUUCGUAACAUGUAGUCAGAUUUCUCAAGAAAAAGUUCUAUGAUAUAUUUAUUAUUGAUCAUAUCUUGGGAUUAGUGGGAAUCGAACCAGCAUCAUUCCAGGAGAAGUCGAGACGAAUUCGGUACGCCUGACUCGUGUAAGUAGUUGUUUCAACUAUCUAUUUUACCGGUAGGUACAUACAGUACCGUUACUAUUUAAUUUACAGCUUUCAGCCUCAGUUUCGUUCGCCUUAAUAUCGCUACUAAGAAAAUACCUGACCUAUGACUAUAUGGAUGAUUUUAUUUUAUUAUCUAUCUAGAUAAAAUGCUGGUUACCAAGCAAUAUUUACAGUCAAAUUGCAUAGGUCGUUCGUGUUACACUACCGUUGCGAAUACUAUGCGUUGCGUUAUACAAUGAGCUACGUACGGAUAAGAAUCCUAGCUGUUCCUUUAAUGGCAUGCAUUUUCUCAAGUAAGAUUACGCAUUACCUCCUAUUAUAAGAAAAAUAAUUUUAACAUUUUCGCACUUAGUUCUUGUUGAAUUGUAUAGUUAAAUUUCAAUUUAUCUAAGUAUAUUCCGUAUGUAGGUACCUAAGCCACUACUGCAGUAUAAUAGAUUUCUAUGGAAGGAAUACUGCGUCUAAUUUGAUAUGUCGGCAUGGUAACUACUGUAUUUUACUAAACUUGAGGUUGCGAAAGUCUUUUGUAUAUUUUUUUUUGUUAAAAAAACUGAAACUAAUUUAUACAGCAUAUUAUGUAAAUUAAUAAAAAAGUUACUUACGUAAUACCCUUUUAAAGUCGAAAGGGCAAACGGUACUGUAAUAUAAUAGCGUAAAGAUUUUUAAUUUUGAAAACUAAUGUACAGUCAACUGCACGUAAAUUUGCCCCAUGUAACGGCAAUAGCGGUGAAUUCGCAAUGGUUUUGGACUGAUCAAGGAUACAUACCUACAAGGAAGUAUUAAAUCUAUGGUCCAUGUGGAGUCCGACCUUAGUCAAUUGAGUACAAUACGAGUAAUUUAUAUAGAUAUAAUUUUUAUAUAAGUAUUACACGUUCUAUUUUGUCUAUGUAAAAAAUAGUUAAUAAUAGAAGUAUUCAAAUAUGGCCAUUAGCAGUAGUUAUAGUAUUACUAAGUAUAUAUACAUAUAUAUAGGUAUACCGAAGUAUUUUUGGAUAUUACUUACUCGGUAAGGUGAAUACAAACAUGAAUAUAACAGCUGAACAUAGUUUUUAAUGCGAUUUUAGUCUUAAGUUAUGUUUACAAUAGAAAUGGAACAUUCAAUUCUUCUGGUGACAUUCGUGUUUCGUAAAAGGUAUACAAGCUCUCUAAUAAUACCUACUUAAAUAAAUACAUAAAUGAGCACUCUGUGACAGGUGCACUAAGUAUUCGAUGUUUAUAAUUCCGAUAGUAAACAGUUAUCCCACCGAAAAUAUAAUGUAAAGAACUAGCAAAGUCUCAAUAAAAUAAGAUGUUUAAAAUUGAAUAUAACAUCUUCCAUCUCGAUUUACCGCAAUAUGUGGUAAGUGGUUUCCAUGAAAAGUGCAUGUCAAUGUAAAACAAAUUGUAUGAAAUUCGUAAGCAAUUUUCCACAUUAAAAUAACAAAAUAUUUAAUCUGAAAAAGCCGAUAACCGAAGGAGCACUGAACUUAUGAAUGGGCUUGCUUGGAUUAGGUAUAUCUUGUUUUAUUACAGACACAGCUGUAAGAAAACAAAAGUGAAAAUUUACAUAGAAAAUUAUUACAUGUUCAAUUUUACUCAUCUGAGUAAAUAAUGACACAUAGGAAUUCUUACAGAAACAUAUACCUAGAUUCUGUAACAAUUAUUUAGUGUUGUUUCUGUGGUUUUAGCCUAAUGCAUUAUGUGUAUUGUUUUUUAUUGUAUUGUCUCUAAAAUGAUAAUAAAUAAACAAAAUAAAUAAAUAGGUUAUGUAGCAUUGUUAAUGAAAAUGUAAAUAAAUAAACUAUUAUUGGACAUUUCUACGCAGACUGUGUCAGUAUAUGUUGCACUCCAAAUUGUAAACAUAUAUUAUUUAUAACAAUCAUAUUCUGUGGAAUCAAUGAAUUUCAUUCUUAAAUAGGUCAAAAUAUUUAGCCCUAUGCUGUUAUAAAAAAUAAUAAUUAAGAAAUGUAAUUACUAUGUAAUAAAAAAUAUGUUUAAGCUUUCAAACGAGAAUUGGCUUCUGGACUAUGUAAUAAAACAAAACCUAAGUUUAACAUCUUAUAUUUUAUUUCAUAAUAAUAAUAAUGAUAUAAUAUCGAUCCUCACAUAUAUUAUAAAUGCGAAAGUUUGUGAGGACGUAUGUGUUUAUGUAUGUUUGUUGUUCGUUCGCGCAGAAUAUAAUGGACGGAUUAUUAUGGAACUUGAUACACGGGUAGAGCAUAACACGGAAUAACAUAUUAUUGUAAUUU